GGCUGGAGAAGAGGAAGAGGCUGCAGGAGAGGAAGAGGCUGAGCUGUGUCCGUGUGUGACCGGUGUCUUUAAAUCCACAGCUGCUGUGAUGAUGUAACCGUCAGGCAGAUGUGAGGAAAGCUUCGUGUUUCCAUGUUCAGCCUUUAACGCUGCGACUGUACCGUGAGGACACAUGACGGAGGAGGAGGAGGAGGAGAACUCUGUGUACUGCAGCAGUGAAUGGGACCUGGCGAAUGAUGUGUUUGUGUGUGGAUACGACGACAGAACCGCAGCCGCUGCGGCCGCCGCCGCUGCCGCCGCCGCCGAGGAGCGUCCGGAGCACAGGCACCUGUCGCUCCCGUCUCAGGACGGCACGAUGCUGGGCCUGGUCGAGGAAUACGCGGCCUUGCCUUUCUUGGAGGUGGACUCUAUCUACAGCGAAGGUGACGGUAGCAUCACCAUCAAGAAGCGCAUACGCUCCAACAGCUCCAGGCACCGCGGUGACAUCGUCACGGAGCUCGGACCAGAGGAAGUGCGCUGGUUUUACAAAGAGGACAAGCGAACGUGGAAACCGUUCGUUGGACACGACUCUUUGAAAAUUGAAAUGAUUUAUCGCAAAUUGUGCGAGCAGAACCCCGACAAGGUCAAAGACACCGUAGAGGGCGAGGAGGAGGAGGAGGAGGAGGAGGAGGCGACCCGGUCCUACGAGACACAUCCGGAGAACGGGACCGUGGACGGUGGAGGUGACCAGGCGGAGGCUGCAGUGCAGCGGCCGUCGUUGUCAGAGGAGGCGAGGAACCACGUGGAGGCAGUGUGUGUAAGAGGAGGGCUGUAUGAAGUGGACAUCAGAGAGAAGCAGUGCUAUCCCGUUUACUGGAACCAGCAAGACCGUAUUCCUGUGAUGAGGGGCCAGUGGUUCACAGAUGGAACAUGGCUUCCCCUGGAGGAGGAUGAGAGUGAUCUCAUCGAAGUGGAGCACCUCACUCGUUUCCGGGGACAGCAAAUGAGGGACACCUAUGAGAUGGAGGCCAUAACCACCACAGUGGACAGCAAGGAUGCCAUCCACAGUCUGAAGCUGAGCAGGAACCAUGUGGACUGGCACAGUGUGGAUGAGGUUUACCUGUACAGCGACGCCACCACCUCCAAGAUUGCACGCACUGUCACACAGAAACUGGGCUUCUCCAAAGUGUCUAGCAGUGGGACACGCCUCCAUCGAGGUUAUGUGGAGGAGGCAGCACCUGAGGACACCCCACCUGAAACCACGCACAUUGUCUUUGUGGUUCAUGGCAUCGGCCAGAAGAUGGACCAAGGCCGCAUCAUCAGGAACACUAGCAUGAUGAGAGAUGCUGCCAGGAAGAUGGAAGAGAAGCACUUCUCUGACCGCACCACAGAACAUGUGGAGUUCCUUCCUGUGGAGUGGAGGUCAAAACUGUCACUCGAUGGAGAUACAGUGGACUCCAUCACUCCAGAUAAAGUGCGGGGUCUCAGAGACAUGCUGAACAGCAGUGCCAUGGACAUCAUGUACUACACCAGCCCUCUAUAUAGAGAUGAGAUUACAAGAGGAUUGACUCUGGAGCUCAAUCGACUCUACUCACUCUUCUGCUUGCGGAAUCCUGACUUUGAAAAAAAUGGUAAGGUGUCGAUUGUGUCACAUUCACUGGGCUGUGUCAUCACCUACGACAUCAUGACAGGCUGGGACCCCAUACGAUUUCAUCAUCAAGAAGCACCAGACCAAGAGGAGACAAACUGGCUGAAUGAGGAGGAACAGCUUCAGAAGCAGCUGAGACUCACACACCUCAGGUUGAGGGACUUGGAGGAUCAGUUCCAGGGUCUGCAGACCUCCUCAUGUGUUGCAGUCCCGGCCUUAAAGUUCAAGGUGGAAAACUUCUUCUGCAUGGGCUCUCCUCUGGCAGUUUUCUUGGCAUUGCGAGGAAUCCGGCCUGGAAAUAAUGGCACACAGGACCACAUCCUCCCCACAACUAUCUGCAAACACCUCUUCAACAUAUUCCAUCCCACGGAUCCUGUGGCAUACAGAUUGGAGCCUCUUAUCUUGAAACACUAUAGCAACAUUACACCUGUUCAAAUCCAUUGGUACAACACCACCAGUCCGACACCAUACGAUCAGAUCCGACCCACGCUGCUCAACCCCACCAAGGAAACGAUAUCUUUGUCAGACUCAGAGAGCAUCCCUAGCCCCUGCACAUCCCCACCUCAGGCUCGACGUCACUAUGGAGAGUCUAUUACCAAUCUGGGCAAGGCCAGCAUCAUGGGUGCUGCAAGUCUUGGGAAGGGAAUCGGGGGAAUCCUGUUUUCCCGCUUUUCCCGUUCCAGUAGCCAGAUGGGUGGAGUUGAAGAGGAGCCAUCUAACUGCGAGGGUGGAGCCUCUCAGAUGGAAAACAUGCUGAAAGAGGAACAAGCAACAGUGGCAGAGAGCACUGAGAAAGACAAACAUGUAGCGCAAGAAAUGAGGAAGGUGGAGCGUGCUAUGUCCCAGUCCACUUCAGCUGUCAUGGACAGCACCUCAUUGGAGUUGGAGCGGCGCAUUGACUUUGAGCUGCGUGAAGGUCUGGUGGAAAGCCGCUACUGGUCUGCAGUGACCUCACACACGGCCUACUGGUGCUCUUAUGAUGUGGCUUUUUUCCUCCUCACCUUUAUGUAUAGACCACAAGAAGCUCUUGAACCUGCAGAGGACAACCCCGACACCUUGUGAACUGAGUCCAGAGUGACACAGGAACAUCACACCUGCUGGAAUCGAAAGAUUAGAUCAUAUGUGAUGUACGAUAAAAUAAAGGGGACAUUUAAGAUAUGUAAUGGAUACUGAUUUUGCAAAUGUGAAACAUUAAAGGAGUAAUCCUUCUUUUAAAUGAUGUUUA